UGCAAGUCGGGCGCUCACGUCAAUUGCGCAGUUGAUGUUCUAUAUUCUAUAUUUGAUUUGAGUGCUAAUAACGACGAUCGAAUUUCGUGACCUUUAAUAGGUCAGUAAAUGGCAGCCUAAGAAGGAUUAUGCGAAAGUGGACAUCUACAUAGUAGUCAAAGGCUUAUGCCAAGAACGUGCAACAGCAAUUACUCGCGAGGCUCCACGAUGUCGUGGUCUACUUAUAUCGUGCCUUAUAGCAUGUCGUGUUGGCCUUGGAAAGUAGUAAAGUAAUCCCCCAAUGUUCAUUGUAUGUCAUAGACAACGCUGCCGACUUUGACCUGCCACUCCUACGCCAUGAAGGUCCCAACUACAAUAUUAUACGGUCUCAUCGCCGCCACGGGAGUUCUCGCACAAGACAAUGAUCUACCUACCCUGAUAGCCGACGGUCCAUUUGCACUGCGCGUUAAGGGUCGUUGCAAUAGCUCAAUCGACGGAUAUUUACGCGCUGUCGACGUUUGGUCGUUCGACACUCCGCAGGCCGUACUGCACUAUGACCCUACAUCUGCUCCCGCGGCCGACAAUUCGUCGUACCGCUUCUACUUCAAUCACACGGGCAACACCCAGUCUGCCGACGGGUAUGAGCUGGGUUUUAUGGCCUCUGACAUCACUGUCGGCGAGCCGAAUGGAGUCGGACUGAUGGGAAAGGCUGCAUCCCUGCAAUACCGCCCCAACACCAACGUCGCCGUGGCCGCAUUCGGCGCCUACGCAACUACGGUCGAUUACACGGGUUUCGGCAAGGAUGGAAAGGGCUUCUUGAAUUACUAUUCUAAUGAUGCGAAUACCGUACCGGAACAACCGGCGAAUGUUUCGCUGUCGAUCAAUUACUACGAUGGAUGGGCAAUCUGCUGGCAAACGUAUUUUGCGACUACUGGGCCGACUUUGUCCUGGAUCACAACUGGCAAGCCGCAUAAUCCAACUUGCGAGCGAGUUGACUUACUCAAGGCAGAACUAUAGAUGCCAUUAUAGGUUUUCAAAUAAGUCGGGCUUCCCCCUGUUUCUAUGUAACCAGCAUAUAGAGUAUCUUGCAUCCCGUGUCUAGAAAAUAUGUAUCAUUAGGCUUAGCAAGACAGAUCAUGGUAGAUCAAGUUAUAUUUCAGGAGAAAUGGCAUUGGUUUUGUAAUUGCUACUAGACGAGAGUCUACCUUUACGCUACGUACGUUCUCAUGUACCCAAAUCUCCUAUGAUGAACACCGCAGGGUGGUUCCGAAGUUAUUGCAUACUAUUUCAUUCUUGGGCGCCGUUCUACAAUCCUUAAAGACCCUUUGUCACAACGCUACGAAUGUGGUAAUUUUUCUCAAAGACGUCAUUGAUACAGGGGGCUUAUUCCACGUUUGGAGCAUAUUCCGGUCAUAACCACAGAACGUGAUGCUCGGUC